UCGCAGCCAAAAUGGCGGACACCGCUGCGACCAGAACAAUAACAGAGCCAGAGCCACCGGGGGCCGCGGAGAAGCCCCCCGGCUCCCUGGGCUCCCAGCCCGGGGACAGCUCACCUCCACCCCCCGCUGAUGGAAGCACCCAGCCCGGGGACAGCUCACCUCCACCCCCCGCUGAUGGAAGCACCCAGCCCGGUGACAGCUCACCUCCGCCCCCCGCUGAUGGAAGCACCCAGCCCGGGGACAGCUCACCUCCACCCCCCGCUGAUGGAAGCACCCAGCCCGGGGACAGCUCACCUCCACCCCCCGCUGAUGGAAGCACCCAGCCCGGGGACAAGGUCCCGACCGCCGCCGCCGAUCAGAGCAUCCAGGCCGGGUCCGGUCCAGGUGGCGGUCCGCCCGGUCAGAUUGAAGCGGCCGCGGGGUCCGGGGGUGCUCAGGUGGCCGACUUGUUCCAGAGCUGCCAGGAGGACCAGAGCAUCCUGCUGGGCUCAGAGUUCACCGACCUGGCCAACACCACCAUCAUCUACGUGCAGCCUGACGGCAGCCUGGUGGAGGGGUCCGGGCUGACGGCCGAGGAGCAGCAGCUUCUUCUGGACCAGCUCACCAAGCAGCACAUAGUCCAGGUCUCUGAGUCCGAGGCCGCUCAGCUGCUCCAGCAGAACCAGGUACGAACCCUGCCGGUCCACAACACCGCUCUGGACCCGAGUCAGCUGCAGCAGGUCAUCAACCAGGUCACCAAGUCCCAGCAGCAGGUGCAGGUCCAGCAGAAGCCGGCCCAGGUACUCCAGCAGCAGGUCCAGGUCACCAAGACCCAGCAGGUCCAGCUCCCUCAGCAGCAGGUUCAGGUCCAGCUCCAGGUCCCCCAGCAGCAGGUCCACGUCCAGCAGAAGCCGGUCCAAGUCCAGGUCCAAGCCCCUCAACACAACUUAAAGAACAGCGCCUCGCAGCAGCUGAAGAACGUGGCCCUGCAGACCAGCAGCUCGGUCCAGUUGGUCCAGAAGAAGUCGGAGCCGGUCCGGAUCCAGAUCCAGGUUCCUACCAAGCAGGAAGUGAAGCCGAGCCUCACCCCCCAGGUGAAGGCUGUCAGUCAUCCGCAGGUGAAGCUGUCAGCCAAUGGCAGCGUGAGCAGCGCUCAGAUCAUCCACCUCCAGCCUGUGGUUGGUCAGCAGGGUCAGCAGUACUUCUUGCAGCAGAACCCGGGGGACCCCCCCAUCCAGCUGCUGCUGCAGAGCCCCGCCCCUGUUGUCGGCUCUCUGCUCCCAUUGGUCCAUAAGCUGACAGGUCAGACGCCGUCCAUGGUCCCGGUCUCUGGUUCCGGUCCGAAGCCUGUGACGUCCCCCAUCAGAGCCCACACGACCUCGGCCGCCAAGAGCCCCUCCCCCUCAGUCGUAAAGACUCUGCCCACUAUAGCUAAGCCUGUUAGCAUCCCGCUAACGAGGACGCCCGCUAACGGUACCGUGACUGCUGCCGGUAAAAGUCCAGUUCAACCUGCAGUCGCCCCCACGGCCCCGGCACCCAGCGCCCCGCCCUCCCGACCCGCCGCCAUGAUCGCCCCCCCCAUGGCCCCGCCUCCAGCUGCAAAGGCCAGAGAAAAAGAGAAGGAGAAGAGGGCGAAGAAGAGAGAGAAGAAGGCGCCGAAGGUCCAGACCAGAUCAGGCCGGGUGUCCAGACCCCCAAAGUACAAAGCCAAAGACUACAAGUUCAUCAAGACCGAGGACCUGGCCGACAGCCACCAGUCCGACUCCGACGACUACUCCGACAUGAGCGUGGAGGAGGAGGAGGGUGAGGGAGGGAGGAAGGACAGUGGCAGCUCCCCCUCACUCACCUACAGCCACAAGUCCCGGUCCCACCGCUGCCAGACCUGUGACAAGGCCUACAUCGGCCCGGGGGGCCUCAACCGCCACUACAAGCUGAACCCCUCCCACGGGGAGCCGGACGCCACCACACCCAGCGACAGGCCACGCCCCCUACGAGACAACAGCCAGGCAGAGGGGACGACGGUGGGAGGCGCCAAGAACGAGGAGGAGAAGAAGGACAAACCUGCUGCCAUGGCAACCAACAGGGUAGAGGGGGGUCCAGCAGCAGCUGUGGGACUGAGGGGUCUCCAUCACCGGGGCCCCGGCCGUCCCCGAGGACGUGGCAGAGGGAGGGGGCGUGGCCGGGGACGGGGUCGUCCACUGGGACCGCCUCCUAAGUUCUCUCAGGUGACCGUGGGUCUUGGGAGUAGGCGUGGUCGUCGCGGUCGUCCUCCGAAGUUCAGCGUGUCUGCACCGACCACGGAGCAGCAGGCUGAGAGGAGACGGGAGCGUUUACAGGAGCUGGUGGAGCAGUGUGAGGACGAGGAGCUGAUGGACGUCGUCCUUCCUCGUUUGACCAAAGUGAUGAGCCUAUGGGAGCUGCUACUGGCCAAGGUGGAGCGGGGAGGUCCGCCCCAGACCCGGUUCCCAGACGUCUACCGUGAGUUUGAGUCUCUGCAGGCUCAGGUGAGACAGGCGGCCCAGGACUACAUCAGCAGCCCUCAGGGGGGGGGGACACCUCUGGAGGUCAGGAACAUCGAGGUGGCCCGGUCUCUGGGGAUCCUGGAUGAGGUCAACAGGAUGAAGGUUCUUCCUGGAGCGUCUCCCAGCUCCAGCCUGACCAAUAAAAACGUCCGAUACAUGGAGAACUCGAAGAUGCUGCCGCCGUCAAAGAGGUUUAAGAUGGAGAACAGUGUUCCAGUUCAUCAGAACGGCCUCGAGACGCCUCCAGGUACUGGUCCAGGUACUGGUCCAGGUGGACCCUCUGUCAGCUCUUCUCUGAAGUCCUGCUCCGGGUCUAAACCUCAGACCACCUCUGACUCCGCCCCCAGCUCCUCGGCCGAGACCACCUCCACCCAGGGUCCAGGUCCGGCCACGCCUAUGGAGGUGAGUCCAGGUGAGCCCCAGGAACCAGAACCAGAGCCUCAGCGUCCCAUCUCAAUCAGCGCCGACCCGGUCCAGGCGACGGAGCCGGACAAGUCGAGUCCAGAGGGCGUGUCCACCACACCUGAGACCAGCUCGGCCCAGACUCUGGCCCCCCCCACGCUCCAGCAGAAGGACUCGUCUGAGCCAGAGUCCAGCGCCGCCAAGGAGCUGCAGGAGGGCCAGGAGAUCUACAUCCAGACCGAGGGGCUCACGGUGGAGCUGGCAGAACCCGGGUCGGACGGGAUCGUCAUCGUCAACGGACCGGACGGAACCACCAUGCACAUCCAGACCCCAGAGGGUGUCCCCCUAGAGGCGGUCCAGGCUCUGCUGGGCAUCGAGGCGUCUGAUGGAGCCAAGGCUCCUCAGUAACCCAGACCCCUAUGGAACCAUGAGAACCAGAACCACAUCACAGACACUCAGACUUUAAGGUGGUUGAUUAAGAUGGUACCUGUAGCUCCACAAAAACCAGAACCAGAGGCACCGCCCCCCGCAGGUCCAACUGGACUCACCAGCACCGCCUGCAGGGGGCGCUGGCGGUGACGGUCCUGGUGUUUCUGAUUAGUUUGGUUUGUUAGGUGGUUCUGACGGGUUCUUCUCCUGCAGCCGAUCCAGAAGAACUGACUCCAGGACUCACAGAGAACCUGAGGACGGGACGGUUCCUCCUGGACCUGAUUAGACGCACAUUAAACUGGUCUGGUCGGAUGUGCUGUGGUGACCUCUCGUUAGGGGGCGUGUCCAUUUAAGGGCUGGAUGUUAAGGGGGCGUGUCCAUUUAAAGGUGUUGAAAGUUAAGGGGGCGUGUCCAUUUAAAGGUGUUGAAAGUUAAGGGGGCGUGUCCAUUUAAAGGUGUUGAAUGUUUAUAUGUAGAUAAAUGUAAACAAAGUUUAAAGAAGUUUCACUAUUUUAUUACUUUUUAUAAAAACAGUUUGGAGGAAACUUUCUCUGUUGAUGUUGAACCAAUGAACGUGUUCCUGUUCCUCCAAUAAAACAUGAAGAUGAAGAUGA